AUGCAAUCCGCCGCGGCGGCCGCGCCCUCCGCCCUGCCGCACAGCGUCUUCCCCAAGGACUCCCGCCCGCUCCCGUGCCUCCUCCUCACCUCCCUACUGCUGCUGCUGCUGACCCUCCACCUCCUCGCCUCCUCCUCCUCCACCGCCCCCUCGCCGCCUCCUCCACCACAACCCCGCCUCGCGCCGCUCCCCUCCGCAGCCUCCGCGGGCCCCGCGCCGCCCUCGCUAGCGUUCCUCCUCACGGGAUCCGCGGGCGAUGCAGACCGCCUCCAGCGGCUUCUCCUCGCCACCUACCACCCCCGCAACGUCUACCUCCUCCUGCUCGACCGCGCCGCCUCCGCGGACGACCGCGCACGGCUCGCUCGCAGCGCGCGGGCUGCCCCCGGCCGCGCCAACGUCCAUGUCGUCGGGGACCCCGGGUUCGCCAACCCGCGCGGGGCCUCCGCGCUCGCCGCCACGCUGCACGGCGCCGCGCUGCUGCUGAGGGUCGACCGGGGCUGGGACUGGUUCGUGCACCUCGACGCCGAUGAGUACCCGCUUGUGACACCCGAUGACCUCCUGCAUGUUUUUUCAUACCUACCGAAGGAUCUCAACUUCAUUCAGCAUACUAGCUAUAUUGGUUGGAAGGAGGAAAGACAAAUAAGGCCAAUCAUCGUUGAUCCUGGUCUAUAUCUCUCAUCCAGGAAUGACAUUUUUUAUGCCACCCAAAAGCGUGAUCUGCCAAAUGCUUAUAAACUGUUUACAGGCUCUUCGUCUGUUAUCCUUUCUCGGAAAUUAAUUGAAUAUUGUAUUGUUGGUAUGGAUAAUCUGCCAAGAACUCUGCUGAUGUACUACACUAACAUGCCCUUGCCACACAGGAAGUAUUUUCAGACAGUUCUUUGCAACUCCCCUGAAUUCAACAAGACUGUAGUUAACCAUGAUCUGCACUAUUCAACAUGGGAUGCUCAUUCCAAAAACGAGCCACGCCUACUGACUAUAGAUGAUGUAGAAAAUAUGACCGAUAGUGGUGCAGCCUUUGGGACUAGAUUUCCGAAAGAUGAUCAUGUGCUUGAUCACAUUGAUGCUGAAAUUUUACACCGCCUUCCUGGAGAGCCAGUUACAGGAGGAUGGUGCAUAGGUGUUGGCCAUGACAGUCCAUGCGACAUUUCAGGUAACCCAGAUGUUCUUAGACCUGGGCCUAAAGCUAUAAAACUUGCUAAGUUCCUUGCUGAAAGGCUGUCAUAUCAGAACUUUUAUGGCCAUCAAUGUAUAUGGGAUUGA